AUGAGAAAUGUUUCAGAAAAGCUGAAGGUGAAGCCCAUCAGGAAGCACAUCGGAGAGAAAUGUCCUGACCCUGUGGAGGAGAUCCACCUCGUGGGGCACGCCGUCGAGCCCUCCGUCAGCCUCCUCUUCUCCCCAUCAGGGGAGGUGGCAGUUCACUAUCAGUGUGGGCUGUGGAGUGCGGGGGUGCAGCAGGCGGGGGGUGAGGGGGGCCUUGUGGGGGUGGACAAGAGUGUUGCCACCUCCGCUGGCGUCCCGUGCUCCCUGUGCGGCAACUUCGGGGCCUCCGUGUACUGCAAGGUCUCCGGGUGCGACAACGUAUACCACCUGCCAUGCGGCAGCAGCUCAGGCGCCAUCCUGGACCAGCACAGCACCACGCUGCUCUGCCCCAACCACGUCCAGAAAACACCCGCCAUGUUACCAGGCGUGGUGUGCAGCGUGUGCGGGAUGUUCGCCCCUGGCCAGCAGUUUGUGUGGUGCGUGUCAUGCAACGCGCACUACCACGCGUCCUGCCUCAAGCCCCCCAUCGCCCCCACCCCCGUGGUCAGGGCGGGAUACCAGUGCAAUGACUGCAAGACUUGCCAGAUAUGCGGGCACCCCGCGGACGACCUGACAUGCAACGUGUGCAACAAGGCCUUCCACUCUAGCUGCGCCAAGCCCUUCGGCCUGAACGCCUCCAAGGCAGACUGGAAGUGCAAGACAUGCCGCGUGUGUGGUGACUGUGGUGCCCGUACUCCUGGCAACGGCAACUGUUCUCGCUGGCACUCAAACUUCACGGUGUGCGACUCGUGCUACCAGCUGCGCAACAAGGGGCUGGCGUGCCCUGUGUGUCUUAAGGCCUACAGGACCGUCAUGCAGCGGGAGAUGGCCCAGUGCACCGUCUGUAACAAACACGUGCACAAAGGAUGCGACGCUGAGGCGGACCUAGCGGGCAUCGCAGCUCGCGUCAAGGCUGAUCCAUCCUACGAGUAUCGCUGCGCCGCCUGCCGCGCCAACCCACGCUCUGCAGGGCCGUGCGUGCGCAUGGGUGAGGACUCGAGCGAAGGAUGCACGCAGGACUCUAGCGCCCUCAGCGACCAGGACUCCAUGGACACUUCGGAGGAUGGGGGUCCCGGGGGCCUUACGCCCACAGGGCCGCCGCCCCCACCGCGCCGCACCUCCUUCGCCGGGCUGGGGCAAAGCGCGCUGAGUUCGCUGCUACAGCUCCAGGGGCCCGCUUGCGGUACCCCUGCUACAGCCACCCUGGCGAGCGCCUUUUGGGGCUCCUCUUCAUACGGUGGCUCCCCCACCGGUAAUAGCAGCACUAACGGCAGUAACAACACGAGCAUCGGUAACACCCCCAGCACCGUCAGCAAUAACGGGAGCUCUACAGGCAACCUGUCCACUAGUCUCUACCUCAACCGCGGCAAACCCCUGCCUCUAAACAAGCGCGGUAACCCCUUCCUACCCCGCGUGCGAGGUGCUGCUUCUUCUUCCUCGGGGAAGGGCGGCAAAGGCGGGAGUGGCAGUAGCAGCAUGAGCAGCAGCGUUGGCAGCAGCAUGGCUCGCAAGCAACUGAGUGGCAGUGGCACCAGCGUCAGGGGUACCAAGAGGGGGAAGAUGGUGGGGGUGACGGGAGGGCGGCCCAGCAGGGGUGGAAGAGGUGCGGUCUCCAUGAGGGGUUCGUCUGUUGGCGGCUACCGCAGCUUCUUCAGCUACCAACAGCAGGCGGUCAUGGCCAUGGAGCGGGAGAGCGGUGGAGGUGGGGGCAAGGAGGAGGGGGAGGAGAACAAGAUGAUCGUCCUGGACGGAGGUGAUGCCUUCAGCAUCUGGCAGGACGUGUGUGCCAUGUGCGGGGCCUUCGGGCAGGACCAGGAGGGCAGGCUUAUAGCCUGUGCCNAGUGUGGCCAGUGCUACCACCCCUUCUGUGCUAAUGUUAAGGUUUGUGGCCAGUGCUACCACCCCUUCUGUGCUAAUGUUAAGGUGAACCGCGUGGUGCUGGAGAAGGGCUGGCGGUGCCUGGACUGCACGGUAUGUGAAGGAUGCGGGGAGCGCAACGAUGAGGCCAGACUUGUGCUGUGCGAAGACUGCGACAUAUCCUGCCACAUCUACUGCAUGACGCCUCCCCUGCCUCACGUGCCUCAGGGCGUCUGGAAGUGCAAGUGGUGCGCGUUUUGUCACUACUGCGGUUCCAAGGACCCAGGGUCGAAAAGCGCAUGGAAGCAGAACUACAGCAUGUGUGGACCCUGCCACAGCCUCACGACGUGCCCCGUGUGCGCCUCCACCUUCAGGGAUGGUGAUCUCAUUGUGCAGUGCGACGACUGCAGCCGCUGGAUGCAUGGUCUGCACGACUACAUCCACACAGAGGAUGACGCCGAAAAAUGUGCUGAGCGAGGAUACUCUUGCCAGGAUUGCCGGCCUCCUGAUUCUCAGCCGUCACAUCUUGUGCCUACCUCCCCUUCUCCUUCACUUGUAUCCUCCACCACCACAUCUCCUGCUCACAUGGCUCCCAAUAUCACCACAACCACCAGCAUGAGUUCGUCUAUAAUAGCAUCGUCCGGGACCCACGGGACUCCUGCUACUAGUGUUGGCAGCUUCAUGAUGGUGAGAGCUUGCAGUGUGGAUUCUCCUACGAGGAGUACAAGUCCUUCAGAUUUGUUACCAAGGAGUAACUCCAAAACGGAUCACUGGGUGGACGGAAUAUGCCUCUCAGACUCUGGUAUGGUACACAUAAAAACCUUGACGUUAGAGCCUUUGAAAAAGAUGAGGAACCCGCCUAAGCCGAUGCGUCCGCACUUCCGACCUUCCCUGGACAGCUCCAGCAGUCGAGACUUGGAAGAUGACGACGACGCUGAUGACGACGAACGUCAAAAAGACGAAGAACCCCGUCACUGGGUUUAUGGUCUCAAGGAGGGAACCGUGCUACAGGCCCAGGAAGAUGGCAGUCCGCCUGUGCUGCCUGAAGGAUUCUAUACAUACCCAGGCCAGGAACCGGGUAGUUUCAUCCUUCGUAAGCGCCGAUACAGGAACAUCAAGACCCUGGGAAUAGGAGGAUUCCAGGUGCGAAGUCGGAUAAAGAGGGAGGAAGAGCGAGCCAAGGAAGAGGCUCAGCUCGACCCAAAGGAGCUUGAGGCGCGCAGGAAAAGAACUCACUGGCGCACAAAGAAGAAAAUCAAGUUGCUUGAGACGUUUCCUUCGUACAUUCAAGAGGCGUUCUUUGGCCGCAAUCUGAUGGAUACAACAACCAUGGAAGACACAGCGAGAGUGUUGGAGGACAUGGAUGUGCCUGCACCUUUGGGUGAAGGCACUGCAAAUUCAGAAAGUCCAUCUCCUCUUCCUGGAGUAUUCGUUUCUCAGCAUCACAUAAAGCUCAGUAAGGACGAACUUGAUCUCGUAGCAGCUGCACGCGAAAGACAACACCACCAGCAGCAGCAGCUCGUACAAAAGCAGCAGCAGCGCAAGAGUAUGGGAGGUAUAACAGCUAUUUCAGCAGUACCUACUACGGCUAUUGCUGAUCCGGCUACUGCUGAUGUUACAGCCCCAUCUAUUACCUCCAGACCCGCUGCCGCCGCUAAAGUUACUCCAAAAGAAGAAAUCAAGGAGGAGGAGUUGGGAGAUGCAGAUGAGGCAAUUGAAGCUCUGUUUGGAGGAGGACGAAAUCUCCUGACGGAUGACAUCAUGAGGGACAUAAUGGAUGCUGACAUCAGCCAUGAGGAUGAGGAAGACGAGCAGCACAGCAAGGAAGAGUCAGCCACUCCCAGGCCAGUGGCUCCUAAGCUCACGGAUAUCCUCGGUCCUGGUUUCAAUUUGGACGAUGUUGCUGACAUCAUGAAGAGCCUUCCUGACGAAGCUCUGGAGGAAGUCACUAGUGCAGCUCUUGCUUCCACCUCCAGUCACCCUGCUGGUGGUAAAGGCAGCUCUGCUACUGGAGAGGGAGACUCUGAGGCUCUCGACUCCAGUGUUCUUGAGGAUGUGCGUAUGGAGACUGACCAGUUGGCUACUUCGAUGCAUGAACAAAUUCACGUGACUUCUUCACCAUCCAUGGAGUUUUCUCCGAUGCACGAGAGAAAAAUAAAGCAAGAAGACCCAACUAUACCGCAGCCUGGGUCACAUCUCGUGCCUUCGUCAGCAGGCACACCUAGAGAACCUGGCUACCCUAUGGCGUCGCGAGCUCCCAUGCAACGGCAUCCCCACCACCAGCAGGUGCCAACUGCAAUUCUGCAGCAGCUGCAACAGCAGCCUGCCUUCGUCAGGAUCCCUGGGGUGAACGCCGAUCCUCCUGCGGGCGUCAUGCCUGCUCUGUCCGCCAGCUCGCCCCUGCAGCUACAGCAGCAGCAUCCAUGCUUGUCUUCGAGUGGAGGUGUUGCCCCCAUGCUGGGCUCCAAUGACAUGCAUGUGGUCAGCAACAUAAACAACAACAUCGUCAGCAGCUGUGCUAGCAACAUAACCAGCAGCAGCAGCAUCAUGAGCAGCCUUGUCCCUCCUGAGGCCAUCACGGCGCCCCAGGGCCAACUGAUUCCUCUGGCCCGGGCCUUGCCGACAGUUAGGGCCCACAUCCUUGCCUCUGGUAGCGCCAGCGGAGCGGUGACGUGUGGUGUGGCAGCUGUCGUGUCACAGGCCACCCCACCGCUCACCUCAGCUGGCACUGCCAUACUACAACAGCAGCAACAACAACAACAGCAGCAGCAGCAGCUACAACAACAGCAGCAGCAGCAACAGACUAUAUAUAAUUCUGGUCCAGCAUCGCUGGCCGGUGAAAGCAUCACAAUUGCUGCUGAGGUGCCUCUGCAGCAGCAACAGCAGCUGCAGGCUCCUAUGCAGCAGCAGCUGCAGACUCCUGUGCAGCAACAGCACCCAGCCGCCUUGCCGCAGCCUGCUGUCAUGCAGCAUACUACUGUCUUGCAGCAGCAGCAGCAGCACCAGCCUUCCUUGCAGCAACAGCAACAUCCUAUUGUUGCGCAGCAGCACCCUAUUGUCUUGCAGCAACAUCCGCCAGUUGUGCAACAACAUUCGCCUGUGGUGCAGCAGCAACAUUCUCCUGCCUUGCAGCAGCAUCCUGCACCACUGCAACAACACUCGCCUGCUCUACAGCCUCAGCAGUCGCCCGCCUUACAGCAGUCAGAGAUCAUCGCUCCACAGCAACAAAUUAUGUCCUCCACAGUUGGCAUCCCAACAGCUGGUCACCAGAUGCUGCCAGGUGGCACAACACCUCAUCAACAGAUGAUAUCAACAGGCUUGCAGCAGCAGCAACAACGGCAACAGCAACAGGGCCCUGUUUUGCAGAAUCGUACCUACCCACCACUCUACAAGACCUAUCCAGACCAGCCUGCACAGAACAAGAUAUGGCCGAGCACGAGCAGCACGAGCAGUGAGAGCAGCAACAACUCACAACAGAGCCUCAGUCUGGAGGAGGAUGAAGCUCUGGGCGACAAGGCCACCAAGGCUGCAGUGCUCUACACCAACAUCCACAAGCCUAACAUCCGCACAGACGUUGCCACCGUCGCAGACCGGGAGCGACAGAUCAAGCGUAUCUGGAAGAGCCUGGAUGCCGAGCAGCGCAAGGAGUUCGCCGCCCGUGCGCGUGAGAACAAGAAGGACUACUAUAAAAACAAACAGCAGUGCCGCCUCUCGAAGCUCCCCAUCCCUGCCCCAGCUGCGGGGCCCGGCCCAAGCUCUUCCCCCACCUUGCCUCACUCGGGGCCUGAUACCAGCGCGUCCUCGGCACCUACAGACGUUCUCGUGGACAAGUUAGCAACCACGACCACUUGUAGUGGAAGUUCAUCGGGGGUUGGAACGCAGCAUGUUUGGAGUCCCUCCAAUCAUCCUUCCUGUCCAUCUCAGAGCACCCAAUCAAGUGGUUUAUGCGCAGAUCAGAGCAAUCAGUCGAGUGGUUCCAUCGCAACUCAGAGCACUCAGUCGAGUGGUUCAUGCCCAGCUCAAAACACUCAGUCGAGUGGUUCAUGUACAGCUCAGAGCACUCAGUUGAGUGGUUCAUUCCCCCCUGGCAGCAUCCAGUCAAGUGGUUCCUGCCAAUCUCAGAGCAGCCAGCCAGAAGAUGUCUUCCAUAGUGGCCAUGCUGUGGCCACCUCUUGUCCUCUACUCACUGCCCACGCUGCCGACCUCCAAACCAUCGACUUGAGCGACGUCAGCGGCUUACCUUCCUCCUCUUCUGGCGGAGGCGAUGUCGUCCAUUCUGCCUCCCCUUCGGUCGAAUGCUCUUCUCCUUUUCUGGUGGACUCGCUCUCGUCCAUGCCUUCGUCACCUCCUCUCUCUGAUGACAGCGUGGACGAUCCUGACGGUGAUGACGAAGUGGCUCUUUGUCACAUUGAUGAAGACGUUGGUCUCGAGGAGACGUCCUCCACCAACGCAGCUCGUGCACGUCAAAUUCUCUCAUCUCCGUCGUCAGCGUCUGGGUCGACUUUGUCUCCAUUCCAGCUAAAGUCUUCUUCGCCACCAGCACCUGCAGGAGCCCUUGACUCAUGUGAUGCCGAAAUUUGCGAGUUGCCCUCCAGUGACGCUGAUUUUGACGCCAAGACUAACGUGGGUAUGAGGGCAGCGCCUAGCAAAAUCACUAACAAUUCGGCGAUAUCAUCCACGGCAACGUUUGACGAAAUACGGAACGUUUCUUCACUUGCCAAUCCUGCUGUUGACUCACCAUGCACCUCAAGCUUCAUGAGUAGCCCUCUCGUCGUUGACAUGAGUACCUGCGAGGACGUGAGUAAUGCUAGGACCAUGAGUAGGACCAUGACUCCUGCUACUUCUACUGGAGAAGUUGUACCUCCAGUUACAUCCUGUAUGUCGACGCCUCAAAUUAUGGCGAGCGUCAGCCCUGAUCUACGGAAGCCAAUGGAGGCGUACGUGGAUUCCUCAUCAUCACCGAUCAUGGUUACCUCACCGCUGCCCUCAUCCGUAUCAUCCCUCUCCGCUCUAUCAUCCAUGAGCUUCAGCAUCAUCAGCAGCAGUGCAGACCAAACAAAUAAUUCAGUAGCCCCAAUCAAAUUCACAUCUGGGACUCCUUCCCGGCCUGCAUUUGUAUCCUGCAGCCAACCGAGCAACAGUGCAUUGUGUGAUGCCGACUCUGAUCAGCACAUACGAGUCUUAACUCCGCUGGAAAUAAUGCAGACUCUACCUGUGCUGCGGCAACAAGACUACCCAUCGUCGAGUCAAGACCAACCGCCCGCCUGCUCUUUUCCUUCUUCAAUACACCUGCCAUCAUCAUCUUCAUUAUCUCCUGCACUGCUGCCUUCCUCCUCAUUCCCAUCCGCUGUUCAUCCCCCGUCUUGUUGCUCUGCCGCGGGGCCCUGUUUUCCUGCUGCUGGUGUUCACGUCAUUGCUGGCAGCCAGCAAGUCUCUUCUGAACCAGGCAACAAAAUCUUCAAUUCAGUAACAAUGCAUUGCUCGAAGACAUCGGUUGUCGGAUCCCAUUCAAAUAUCACCGGCGCUAAUACGGACCAUGUGCAAUCUUACUCCGCACGCUCUGCAACUACAGGUCCUAGAAGUGGAGGCAUUGUCCUGCCAGUGGUAUCGCUACCUGCCGACACAUCGCUGAUACCGUGCAACAGCUUCCAGCGCACUCUUCUCAUCCACCAGCCAUCAACCGCCCCUCAUCAGCACCACAUGCCAUCCAAACCUUCCGUAUGGUCGAACAAGACGAGCUGUACCACAGCAUCCUCUCAUCCUACCACGGAGGAUAUGGUCAUGGCAUCCUCAGCAGGGAUCCUCUUACCCUCAGGCAGCAUAUUGUCCCCCAUCAGCUCCUCCGCUCCACCUCCCUCUUCACGAACCAGUCACGCACCAAGCUCCACUCAGUCGCUCAUUUCCCAUGACGCCGAGAGCAGCAGCAGCAACAGUUGUUCUCCUGUGUUGUCUUCUACAAACGCUCGCACCACCUUCACCAGCGUGACCACAAACUCCACUGCAAUAACACCUGGAGUUUCUAACGCUGCUUCCAAAUCUCAAGAUGAGACCACUCUCAUGUCCCAGGCUGACGACACGCGCAGUACGACUGAUGAACCCGCGGAACAACAGAAAGCUCUGCGUCAACAACAGCAGCAGCAACAACAACAACAGCAGCAGCAACAACAACAGGCGUCUCCGGCCGCUGCUGCGUCACCGAGUGGUGCGGUGGAGGGGCAGCACCCAGCGUCGGGUGGCCCUCUGCAUGGACCAGGCUACGGUCCCCACACUCCUUCCCCUGCAGGAGUGGGCAUCCCUCCAACGUCCCCCAACAUGGGGGAACUCGUGCCCCAUGAGGGGCGACCUGUGCUCCUCCAGCAGCCUCCUCCUCCCCAGCAACAGCAGUUCCGACAACCUCUUCCUCCCCAAGUGUCCACAUCCCCUGGACUGAGGAUGAGACUUACUCCGUCCCCCAAUGGGGACUUGCCCCACGGUGGGGAUAUGAGGAUUAGGAUGCAACUCCUCCAACAGCAGCAACAACAACAGCAACAAAUUCUCACGUACGGAGGUGACGUUGGCCCCAACGGUCGUAUCUUGCAAAGGCCUCCUGGGCCCAUGCCUCAUGGCAUGGGCCCACAGCAGCCCCAUAUGUCCCCACAACAGCCCCACGUGUCCCCACAGCAUCCCCACAUGUCCCCCCAGCAUCCCCAUCUCUCUCCUCAGCACCAUCCGCAUAUGUCGCCCCAGCAUCCACAUAUGUCGCCCCAACACCAAGGGCUGCAACAUCAGGGGUUACAGCAACAACAAGUGUUGCAACAACAGCAUGGAUUGCAGCAGCAACAAGUAUUGCAACAACAGCAAGGAUUGCAGCCACAACAGCAACAAAUAUUACAGCAGCAGCAGGGAUUGCAACAACAGCAAGGAUUGCAGCAGCAACAACAACAAGUAUUACAACAACAGCAGGGAUUGCAGCAACAGCAACAAGGAUUGCAACAACAGCAAGGGUUGCAACAGCAUGGGUUGCAACAACAAGGAAUAUUGCAACAACAACAGGGAUUGCAGCAACAAUUGAGUUUGCAACAACACGCCCUGCAGCAACAUUCGCUACCGCAACACGGCCUGCAGCAAAAUUCGCUACCGCAACAUGGCUUGCAGCAACAGGGGUUGCAUUUGCAGCCUCCACAUGCGCGCCAUUUGCAACAACAGUUGCUGCACCAACAACAGCAACAGCAGCAUUUUCAGCAGUUGAAGCAGCAGCAUCAAAUGCAGCAAAUCCUGCAGCAGCAACAGCAGCUGCAUCAUCAACAGAUCAGUCAACAGCUGCACAAAACCAACCCAUCGUCUGUUUGUGUGACGCCUUCACCCAUGGCUUCAGAACCUGAGCUGCCGGAGUCUGUGACGCGUGAACUUGAACAGCUUGAGGAAGAACAACAACAACAACAGCAGCAGCAACAACAAAGGCAACAGCAACAGCAUCAACAGCAGCUCCAGCAACAACAUCAGCAGCUCAUUCAAGAAGAGCAGCAGCAAUUCCAUCAACAACAAAAACUAGGACAGGGGGAGCAUCAGCAGGGGGAGGGGGAGGAAGUUGGUGGAGGGGACGACGAGGACGCCGACCUUGGGGACCUCGUGCCUGGGGAGAUCCCCUCCAUGGACGACGAGGCUUUGUCGAGUAACCUGGCUGAGCUGCUGAUGAUGACGGAGGAGCAGCAGAAGGAGGGCGCGGCUACUGACUUGCUGGACGCCCUCGACGCCGGCACCUCCAGAGGCUCCCAUGGGGACAACAGUUCUGGGCCCCUGGACUUCCCCUCAACCAGCCCCCCAGCUGCGUCCCCAGCUGUAGCCCCAGCAACGUCCUCGCCAGGAACUCCAAGCUCGUCUACUUCUACUGCCAUGCCAUUUACUGGGGACGUGCCUACUGCCAGCGCACUUACUGGCAGCGCUUCCAGUCCAUUUACUGACAAUAUAUCUUCUGCGAGUGUAAAUACUGGCAGUGUAUCAGCAGCCAGUGUUUAUACUGGGAACAUCACUGCGGCUGGUGCAUAUACUGGGAACAUGUCUACCGCAAGCACGUAUACUGGCAAUGCUCCAGUUUCUACUGCAUUUACUGGCAGUGCUCCUGUUUCUACUGCAUUUACUGGCAGUGCUCCAGUUUCUACUGCAUUUACUGGCAGUGCUUCAGUUUCUACUGCAUUUACUGGCAAUGCUCCAGUUUCUACUGCAUUUACUGGGAAUGUAGCAGCAACCAGCACACCCACUGCACCCACUAGCCAAGAGGGGACGAAGCUCCCCACGCCCCCGCCACCGCCGCCCCCACCACACUCGGUGCAUGGCGGGGGGGCGUCCCUCACUCCCCCACUCCCCACCCUCGUGGGCCGUGGGGGCCUCAUGGUCGCCCGGGGCCCCUCCCACAGGCUGCCUCAAUUACCCCACUCCAUGGGCCCAGGGUAUCCCGCUGGGGGACUGCGUAUGAUGGGGGGGCACCUGGUGAGGGGGACAGCCGUCCACCACAUGGGGGAUCUGCGUGACGGUUAUAGCUGGUGUUCACCACACAGAUGGGAGAGCCAGGUGGUGCGGGUGGUGGCUUACUCCUCAGAAGUUCUCCCCAUCACCACCUGCAACACCAACAACACUCGCCUGUCCCCACUCUUCCCCAACACUCUCCCCACUCCAUCCCACAACACUCACCCCACUCUAUUCCUCAACACUCACCCCAUUCUAUCCCACAACACUCACCCCACUCCAUCCCUCAACACUCUCCUCACUCCCUCUCCCAACAUUCCCCAAUCCCCCUCCCCCAACUCUCCCCUCACUCCCCCAUGCUGGUGUCCAUGGCGGGGCCGGUUUCCCCACGGGUUCACCCCCACAUGCUGUGCUCCCCUCCUUCUCUUUCCCCCCACCCCCAUCUUCCUCCACAACCCCACAGACGACCCCUUCUUCUCCAGCACUUAUAUUGCCUUGUGCGGUUCAGUAAUGUUUCACACAGCAUUUGUAUUGCCUUAUCAACAACAGCAGCAGCAGCUCGAACAAACACAGCAGCAGCUGCAGCAGCAACAACAGCAGCAGCAGCAACAGUCUUCUGAAGGCCUUUAUAAGGAGCAGCCGCUGCUGAUAGAGGACCUGCUGGAGCAGGAGAAGCUGGAGCAGCUAAAGCAGCAAAAGGCGGCAGCUGCAGCUGCUGCAGGUGGGGGGGAGGCAGGGGGGGAGGACAUGAGUGCUGAGUCCCCCAUGACCCCCUCCCCCGCCAUGCAGCUCACCCCUCCUGGAGGAGGCGUUGGGGGGCGCAGCAUCGGGGGACCUGCAACACAUUACUCCCCUGGGGCUGUGGGGGGCUUACCUGGUCAACCUCCCGUCAUGAGGCCCGUCAGACCUCCCCACGACCCCGGCCUUCACCCUGCGCUGCUGCAAGCAGGCACCCUUAGGGCUCCCGUCAACCCUCCCACGGUGGGGACGUCCAGUGGAGGAGAAGGCAGUGGGAACAGCAAUAUUCCUCCCCUCCGUUCGCUUCCUGCUCCCCCAGUCCCACCCACGAGUCCCCACACUGAUGCUGAGCGACAGCAGGUCCAAGCCUAUGAACAAUGGCUGGGCAAUCAACAGAAUCUUCUGUCAACACAACAGGCAGCUUAUGAAGCCGAGAUCACCAAACUACGUAAACAGAGGAAAAGCCUGAACAGUAGGCAGCGCACACUUCGUAAACAGGGACAGGAGCUGGGUCCGACCGAGGCAGGCGAUCUGGAGCGUGUCCAGCAUCAGGCAACGGCGGUGCAGCGGACGCUGGAUCAAUGUCGCAAAGCUGCUCGCCACCACAACAUGAUCUUCAAUGAGUACACUGCCAAGAGGGAGGGUCAGCAUAAACAGCAACGCCCCAUGAGUGCCACCGGUCUUACUCACCUUCAGCCGCAGCAACAUUUGCGACAACAGGCGGUCGGUCCUGUUGUGAUGCCGCCUCAUUUGCAACAGCAACAGAUGCAUGGGAUACCGCAACACUUGCAGCAGCAGCAACACCUGCAACAGCAUAUGCAGCAGGCACGAAUGCCUGGCUUAAUACAACAUCAGCAGCAACAACAGCAACAUAUGGCAGGAAUGAUACAGUUGCAGCAACAGCAACGGUCACCACAGGCUAUUGGAAUAUCUCAUCACAGUGCUUCUCCACUAGGGGGACAUCCUGGUUCUUCCCCGCUUCAUUCAACUUCCCACAGCCCUCUGAUGUCCCCAUCCCCAUCAUCGGGGGUUGGGGGCAUCAUGAGCCCCAUGGUACCGUCUCCCCACACCCCCGCGGCCUCCCCAAGUCUUGUGUCUGCUGCCCAGCAUUCCCCUCAUCCCAGCGUGCCCUUGCACUCUCCAAGUCACAACAGUUCUGGGGAUGGCGGCUACAGUCCUCAUGCUAUGCCGUCACCGUCGUACUCAGGAGUUCCUUCCCCUUACCCGCAGGGUCCUUUGUACCCGCCCCGGUCACCCUUCCCUCCCGCGGGAGGCCCACCUCCCAUGCCAGGUCUCAUGAGGCAGCAACAACAGCAACUUGUGAGGCGCACAUCCAUGCCCUCGCCCUCCGUUUCCCCUGCGGUUCCCCACCACAUUAUGAACGCCGCCAAACAAUCUCCAGGUCAUGAUACUUCUAGCCACUCUCCGCUUCAGAACCCGUCACCACGACAGAAUCCUUCUCCUAUCCAGAACCCUUCUCCUCGACAAAAUCCUUCUCCCCUGCAAAAUCCCUCUUCAGUUCCUCAAAGCAACCCUGGCAGUAAUCCUAAUAGUAACCCCACCACACCCCGGUCUACUCCCACCCCAGAUCAGUUGGGGCAGUACCAGCAACCUGUAUCGAGUACCUCGUCCGUUAGUCCUUGCAGUAACCCACCUUCUGGUGGUGGUGGUGGAGAUGGAACCGCCCCAUACAUGAAUUCUUUCUUCAGUGGUGAUAUAAAACUUGGAGGCUUGAAAGGAGGUGGCGGUGGUUUCAGAAAAUCUCUUUGGGGAUACUUCAAAAUUGGCUUGAAAGGUGGUCAGGAAACAACGCCUUGCACAACCAGUCACGCCACAACAACCACAACCUCGUCUGCAUUGGUGCCAACUUCUACGAAUUCCUCCACUGCGACUACAAGCGGCGGCAACCGCAGCUCCCCCAAUGCAAGUCCUGUUGAUUCCUCAAAACAAUCACCAAGCGCUGACAACAACCAACAAGAUGCUGAAAGCUUCAAUGAGGCCGUGUCUAACUCUUAUUCAGCGACGACACUCACUGAGACGACGCUCGCCAGUCCGUUAUAUACUGCGAUGUUCACGUCUAGUAGCGUGUUCACUCCUUCAACUGUCAUGGCAUCGUCGGGCACAACAAGAUCGCCAGUGGUCGCCCAAGUAUCACUUAUCGACUCUCUCAGCUCUUCAUCUUCUCUCUGUUCUACGCAGCUCACGUCGUCGGAGUCUGUUGGACAAACGGUAAAUGUGGGAUACACAACAGCAGUGGCUGGUAACAAUCCUAUUUAUCAGACACGGGGGAUCAGGGCUACUACAGGCGGCAUGGCCUCUACUAACAUUACCGACACGGCUAGAAAUCUGGCAAUGUUUGGUGCCAUAGGAGCUACUACUGCUGGCUUAACCAGCACCUCCAGCUCCGCCGACAACGCUGCAGUUUUUGCUACAACUUCUAGUGAAGUCAACACACCAACUGUAGGUAUGAGCUCUACUCCAAUGUCCUUGGCCGGCUGUAUCAUCAGUACAUCUGGAGGUAUUUCUACAUCAUCUGUUAUAAUCAGCGCCUCAGGAACUGUAGGGUCUACUGUAGGGCCGGUUAGUUCAGGCAUCCAAAGCUCCGCCCUUACGACUUCUGGAGCUGUAGGCACCACAAUCGGUGUGAUGAGUGCAGCUAGCAGCGCUUACACCACCACAGUGGACGGCAGUCUCUCAGGACGUGUGGUGUUCGAAGGACCUCAAGUCUCCAGCUUUACUAUAUCGGAUGCAUCCAUUGUCUCUUCGUCCAGACUAGGUACAAGUUGUCCUGUGUUAUCCACAGCAGCAGGAACAGUAUCAAGUGCUGAAAUGUUGAUUUCUCUUGGCAACGUCUCCAGUUCUAGUUCUGCUACAGAAGCCUCUGUCUUGCCUCACCCGCACAAGAACUCCAUCCCCCCCUCAUCGCGUCACCAAGCCAUUAUUGGCAUCCCUGGGGGAGGAGCAAUCUCCUCACACGUACCUACUUACGCUUCACAUCUCAUAGCUGCCCACAGUGUUGAUGCUCUUAACUCAUCUGUGAACAAUUCUGCCAGCACACUCACUACCGCAGCUCUCGCUUCACGCCCUGUCCCCUCCCUUCCUCCCCAUCUCACUCCUCACAUUCCCCGGUCCCAUGUGCUGGUGGGGAGUAAUCAUCAGCCUCCUGUUCGCACGAUGCUUGUCAAAGGAGGGAAUGGCGGUCCCGUCAGAAUGAUGAUGAUACGUCAACAAAUUCCCCAGGGGGCACCCAUGCACCCGCCUUCCUCCCGCUCGCCUCAUGGGGGCAUGUCUCCUAUGCCCCCUCCACCCUCCCGUUCACCCCAUCACCCACAGAGCCCAAACGGGUGUGUUACCCUUGCAGGGACUCCCGGCAGUCGGUUGUCACCUGCUCAGUCCCCAGGAUCCAAUAGCCCCAUGAUGGUUUCCCCAGCACCAUCCCCCAACUCUAUACCCGUUAGAGACGAGGGAACCCACAACGCUCUCCUCAAACAGUUGCUGCAGAACAACAACAGCAAUAGUGUUGUGACGUCUGCCACACAGCAGCAGCAGCAGUUUGUUGUGGUGCGUUCCACCGUAAACGGUCCGGUGGGUGGAGGCUUGCAGUCAUCACAGGUCCUCCUUCAGCAGCGACCUCAGCAACUGUAUAGCUCAGCCCAGCAAGCCUCUUUCCUACCCCAACAGCAGCAGCAACAGCUAAGGCUGGCCGGAGUCAGUGGGGUACGGAUCGCCGGGCCCCCUCCUCCAACUUCCCAAGUUGUAAUCGCAACAAACUUACAGCAACAUCAAACAUCUGCUGUAGUUGCUUCUCAGCAAUUUUCAAGCGGGGGUGCCGUGCACACGCUGCAACAGCAGCCACCACCGGCCCAGCAACAGCAGCAACACUCACCUCUUAACUCAGUGCAUCCUGCACUUCGGCAACUGCCGUUAUCACCCACACCGCACCUGGACGAACUGGUGGAAGAGGAUCGCAACAGCAAGAAAAGACUUGGGGCUGCUGCCGCUGGAGCCCCGGCGGUCACGACCGCUUCUGCAGGUGUCGGGUCCGCAGCUGUUGCUCAAGGACAGCAACCACGUCGUAGAAGUCAGAGCAAGGAAGGUGUAAGUAAAGCAACAGGACGACGCACACGGCCUGAAGAAGACUACGACACGUUCCUAGAGUCAACCAUGACGCAGCUGCGCGCCAUGCCCGCUCUGACCGUAAUGGAGCCUGACGUGCACCGUAAUUUCAACGUAUGCCCCAUCUACGGCUCGGACGAACUCGGCAAAUUAGGUCGUCCUGAUCACGAUCACCGUAAUGGCAAACUUGAAGGUAAGAAUGGAAGUCUCAAACUUAAGGGCUGGUUCGAUUAUUAUGAUACUAAACCGCUGGGAAACGCCUUGCCCGUAUUGCUACCCCUGAGGACACCGCCAACCUCAAAGUGUUUCUACAGCAUGGAAUUUCCACCCCCAAAAAUAGGUUUCCCCAUGGAUGAGGCGUGUGAGGAAGUAUCGUCACUCACUGUCAAUGCCUCGAUGGGGGGAUCAUCUACCCCCACCAGACCUGGUUCAGCCACUCCCCAUUCAUUGGCCGAUUCCCCGGACACUGUGCUUUCCUCUUCUUCCCCUGAGUGCGUUAUGCCUGACAGCCCUCCUCGCUUUAGGGGACUCAGACUCAUUGACAUGGAAGAAGAAAUCCCUCCAGAUAGGGGUUCGUCUCCUCCUAUCCCCUUAUUAGCCCCAAUCCCCGUGACCAAAGGAGAACUGCCGCGCAUAUCCACGGGGCAUUUCCAUCAACUCCCUCCACUCGAUUCAAAAAUUUCCCCGAGCCCCAAACCAGAGUCCUGCAAGAAAGAAAUCAGUGAAGAAAGCAAGAUUGUCAAGCCUUGUGGAACUGAAGUAAAGCAAGAACAGAGCCCAGCGGUGGAAACUAAAACUGACUCAGCCCCUCACGGUGAAAACUACGCCAGUAUAAUAUUAAAAAAUCGCAUCGGUGAAAAUCCAGCUAUGCCUCUGAAGCAUGAGGGAAACGUUGAAGUGGAACUCACGCUCAACUCGAAUGCGUGUGAAGAGAUUGCACAGUGCCUGCGAGGCUUAGCUACGCUGCUGAAUAUCCCACCUCCUCAGGUGUAUGACGUGAAGCAUCAGGGAGAUCUACCCAAGAUGCCCAAAAACUGGAAAUUGGCCGUUAAGGAUGGCCAUUGCACCGAAGUUGAUGUUGAAAAGAUCUUGAACGGAGUUGUGCGCUUCUGCCGGCAUUGCGGUAACGUGGCCGACCAAACUCCUGUAACUAGAAGAGCGAGCGAAAUGCCAUAUAUUCAGCGAGAACAACUUAUUGGUGUGGAUGAAGUCACCUUCUGUGGUGAACAUUGUAGUUUACAAUUUUCAAUGCAGCAUAGGAUUGAAGCGCCGCAUUUGCCUUCACUCCUGCCUCCAGGUGUUCGGCCUCAACCACAAGAAAUGCCCGAGUCUGACUCGGAUAGCGACGAUUCCAAUGCACCUAAGGGACGAAAGCGCAGACUUGAUGACUGUGAUGACGACGACAAAACUGACGAAGAAGAAUUCCCAAUGCAAGCAGACGGAAAGCGAUACAGAGGACAUAAAUAUCGGUUCUUUAAUGGCGAUUCAAUGUUGCCUGAGAAAAAAGAGAAGCCAACCGACCGAGAGAUGACAGAGCUUUUGUUCCGCAUGCAAAUAACUUACCGUAAGCGGGGCCUUCCUCAAGACUCGCGCCGCUGCACGCUGUGUCAUCUCUACGGGGACUGCGUCGCUGACGGGCCAUCACGGCUGCUCAACCACGACCUGGAUAAGUGGGUGCACCUGAACUGCGCUUUGUGGGGUGACGACGUCUACGAGACGAUGAGUGGGUCGCUCGUCAACGUCGAAACCGCCGUAAAGAAAUGUUUAGGUCUCGUGUGUGAGCAUUGCGAGAACCCCGGCGCAUCUGUGAAGUGUUUCAAGGUGCGUUGCAGUAAAGUCUUCCACCUUAACUGUGCUGUCAAGGAGGACUGUACUUUCUACAAGAACAAGACAGUUUACUGCCAUGAGCACAGCACUAAAGGUGAGAAGGAAAGUGAGCUUUCGACACUUGCUGCUUGGCGAAGAGUCUACGUGGAGCGAGAUGAGAGUCGUCAGGUGGCGUCUGUGAUGCACCACACUGAGCUUAACCAUCUCUUGAGAAUAGGUUCAUUAGUCUUACUUAACAUAGGCCAGCUGUUGCCUACACAACUGCAGGCAUUCCAUACACCCUACUGCAUAUACCCGGUCGGCUUCAAGGUGAUCAGGUUCUACUGGUCUAUGAGGCAGCUCCACAAGCGGUGUGCGUAUCAAUGCUCCAUCAUAGAGGUCGAAGGCCAACCCGAGUUCGAAAUUGUGGUUAUGGAGGACGGCUACGAAGACAUGACCCUCGUGAGCCGCUCUCCUAAGGGCGUAUGGAACAAAGUCCUCACCCCAAUAGCAGAAAUGCGUCAAGCCGCAGACCUCGUCAAACUUUUCCCCCAAUACAUCAGCGGGGAAGAUCUUUUUGGACUCACCGAGCCCGCCAUCGUACGAAUCCUGGAAUCACUGCCCGGUAUAGACACCCUCGCCGACUACAACUUCAAGUUUGGACGCAACCCUCUGUUCGAGCUACCUCUCGCCGUCAACCCCACCGGGUGUGCACGCUCGGAACCCUUCAACAGAACUCAACUCAAGCGGUAUCAUGGGCUCAGGACGUCCGCUGGUACUAUCAGGAACUCUGGUGACACCCGCACAGCGGCCACCAUCGCCAACAUCACCAUGACGCUGGACUACGUCAAGCCCUUCGCGCACUCGCGCUCAUUCCACUACAAGAAGAUGAAGAGCGAGUGGCGCACCACCGUCUACCUUGCAAGGUCUAAGAUCCAAGGCCUGGGUCUGUACGCAGCGCGGGACAUCGAGAAGAGCACCAUGAUCAUCGAGUACAUCGGCGAGAUCAUCCGCGCCGAGCUGGCCGAGGUCCGUGAGAAGCGCUACGAGGCCGCCAACCGAGGCGUUUACAUGUUCAGUCUGGGGGAGAACCUGGUGGUGGACGCUACCCAGACUGGUGGUCUGGCGCGCUACAUCAACCACUGCUGCGACCCCAACUGCUACACCGAGAUCCUGCAGAUCGAGAAGGAUCGCAAGAUCGUCAUUAUUGCCAACCGCAAGAUCAUGCGAGGGGAAGAGUUGGCCUACGACUACAAAUUCGAUGAGGAAGAGGACGGCAAAAUUCCGUGCAUGUGUGGAGCUGAGAACUGCCGCAAGUGGAUGAACUAAUUCGCUGACCUCAUCCACCCACGUCCACCGCCCGCCUCCACCCACGUCCACCGACCUCCUUCACACACGUCCACCGACCUCCUCCACCCACUAUCUAGGCCUUAAAGGCUUCAUUCACAGCAAAUGAUUGCCAUAGUCGUGACAAGUUGAGUGAACACGCAACGAUCUAAGGCAGCCACGAUAAUUUUUCUCUUAAUUGACACGUAGCGGCAAUAACCCAUUUUGUGCCUGUUUUAAAUACAGGGCAUUGCUUUUCCUUAGGUUAUUAUGUGAUCAUUUAUUUCGUAAUGGUGUGAUAGAAUAGCUCGAGAGGGCCGACACUCGAGAUAAUCCGACGAAACAUUCGAAGUUAUAAAAAGGACCAAUGCUCUGCCAAUACAUCGGCUUCCCUACAGACUGAAAUGAAAAUCAUGACUUUCUAAUGUGUACAGGAACUGCAUGUUGUUGGCUCACGGUGAUGUGUGUAUACAGCUUUGUACAUGAGCUCGUUCUCUGUAAUUACGUUUCCUCUUCAUUUGCUGUCCAUGUUAAAUAUUCGCUAACUGCUUUGUGUUAGUCGUACAGCGAGAUAUUUCAAUUAUUUUUAUAAGUGUGCAGUUUCGACGUGAGGUUAUUGAUGAAGUUUUCCCGUCAGACUUUUUGCAGCUUUUAAAUGUUAAUAAAACUGAAGUUUAGGUAAGUGAACUGCAUGCAGUUUAUUUGUCGUGUUGAUGAUUUUUUUGUACAGCGGAGUUUAUUUCCCACCAUUUUUUUAGUUAUAUUUUGAUGCUUAGGACGUAGAAAUUUGUAUAAUAUUGACUUACCGUUGUAAAAAAAACUGGUUUUCAGCGGUUCUGAUAGAAGUUAUUUCUCAUUAAAAAUAUUGUUGGAUUGCGUGUCGCCUCGAGUGUCAUAAGAAUGUUUUCGUUUUUUCUUUUAGAUUUGCUGGUCUCCAACUUUCUCGCUGUCAUUAAAAUUGUGUUCAGUAAAACCUCACCAACAACGGCAUGCGAGCGUUAUAUUUCUGCGGCAGAACUUCUCGAUUGUUCGUCAAAUCUACAAGAACAUCUCGAUUUCUGCCAACCGCAAUAAAACGCGUCCAAACCGUAGAUAUUAAGUGUCAUUUUAACUAUUAAUUACAUUAACAAAAGUUUUGUGUAUGAUCCAAGGAUCAUUUGUACAAUGGAACUAAGGGGCAUUCCAUAGCCAUGUUAGUUAUCUGGAACAAGUCUUUUGUUCUAAGAACUGUUUUAUGCUUGCUAAGAACUAUGAUUCUAAGGAAAUUGCAGGUUCGAUGUUAUUGGUUACAGGCGAGACGAUUUUGUUGACGGCCCCGCCGUAUUUGUUUCAUCUGUUUGUUAUAUUAUUAAGUCUAGGUAAUUACACAACAAACAGGGAUUUGAAGAGAUGAUGUUCAGGUUAGGAUUUUGAUGUUUAGUACGGCUAUCUGUAUUAAGUGUGGCAUGCUACGCGAGAUAAGCGUGUCAACUGUCAUGUGUGGCAUGCUACGCGAGAUAAGCGUGUCAUGUGUGGCAUGCUACGCGAGAUAAGCGUGUCAUGUGUGGCAUGCUACGCGAGACGAGUGCGUCAAGUGUGGCAUGCUACGCGAGAUAUGCGUGUCAAGUGUGGCAUGCUACGUGAGAUAAGAGUGUCAAGUGUGGCAUGCUACGUGAGAUAAGAGUGUCAAGUGUGGCAUGCUACGUGAGAUAAGCUCGUCAAACGUGGCUUGCUACACGAGAUGUGCGUGUCAAGUAUGUCACGCUCUCGUGUGUUACCAUAGGGCGUUCAGUAUUAAGUGUUAGAAUAACUAGAUUGAUUGCCGCAUAAACAGUAUCAGUUUUCA